UGUAGCAGGGGAGUGCACACACUCACCAUGGCAAGAGGCCAGAGCCAAGAGCCCAGAGCCAGGUGACAAAAGGGUAAAGGCCUGCCAAGCAGCAGGUGUGAUGGCAGGAUGGGUGGAGCCUCUCAGCACAGGUCUAAAACCCACACCUGCCUUGAUCCAGCUAUAAACCACUUGAAAACUACUUAAGGAUCUUAAGUGUGCCUCAGGAGCAACGUUAGCAUCGGUUUCUUUCCACAUCAUGUUAUCACCAAAGGGAGUAAGGAAGCAUAUCUGGAGACUCCCACAAGAAGAAUUUCCAGGGUGACUCACUUCCCUUGCAUUACUCUGAACCACACGAAAAGCCUCAUGAGGACCAAAGCAGAGAGACCCCAGGGAGGAAUGUACAUACACUUUUCCACCCAGGAGGAGGCACACACUGACACUGAUGCCAUGGAGGUUCAGGGCCAGCUACCGAGAGGGUUCAGAAAUGUCCAAGACCUGCAAGCCACAGGCAGGAGUGAUGACGGACCCCAAGACCUCGCUCUGGCUGUCUGCCUGUCGGUGUUCAUCACAUUCAUUGUGGCUUUCUGCUUGGGGGCUUUCACAAGGCCCUAUGUUGACAAACUGUGGCUGAGAUGCCGGAACAAAAGGAACAGAAGCCAUGGCUCAGAUAAUGCCUAUGCAAAUGAGGGCUUCUCCAAUGGAGUUGAAGCUACAGGGGGCAUGCAGUACCCAGGGAUGGAUCUGCACCGAGCUUCUCAAAAUCCAGGCCUCUAUGAGAACCAGGACCCUUUCUUGGCACCAGAGUCAAAUCCAUACGCCACUGUCAUUCCUGAUAGAAAUUCAGGAAGCGGCAGAAAGGAGCUUGGCAGUUGGCAGAGCUCAGAACAACUCAGGGACAACCAGACAGCAGGAAGUAGAAAUGACAGCAUGCUUCCAAAUGGCAGUGCAGCUCAUUCUGCUCCCUACAGACAUCCAAAUGCUCAUAAUAAUGAACUAAGUUUAGCAGCACAGGACCACAUAUAUAAGAAUGAUAUUCUCGAGGAAUUAGAUUAUGAAACUGUGGCCCCAGAAUAUUCUGUCAGUGAGCAUUCAAUGGGCAUCUCUUCUGCAGAUGGCACAUUACAAACUGUCUCUACUGUUUCUGGCUCAGCCAGUAAUGAUAUGAAUGAAUUAGACUCAUCACUCUCAAGAGAAAUGACAGCUUCCAUCCCCCAAAUACUCACACUUACAAACACACUGAGGCCCAAAGAGAGUAAGGAAGUAGGGGGCCUUAAACAGUCACCUUUGGAAACUCUGGGCCCACAGAUGGAAAUAUCUACGGGAAUACAAGUAAACCAUUCCACAAGCUUUCUGGGUGCACAGCAGCCAGAACUCCUGGGGAUUGGUGCUGAAGGAGAGUUGCCAGUUUUCAGCAGUGUGGUCACAUGCAGUGAUGCUGGACACAUGGACACAUCAGACCUUCUGCCAAAAUGGGACAUUGGCCUCAGUGCCAUUCCCAAGGGGCCAGCACAGAAAGAUGCCCCUUCUCAUGCUCAGUAUGAUAUGGAAAGUGACUACGAUUCUGAUGAGGGGUCUUUGUUUACCCUCAGUUCAGAGGAUUCAGAGGGUACAAGGCAUGUGACUGGAGAAGAAAUACCUGGUGAAGAGGAGAGCUGUGAGGCCACCAAGCCCCUACAGGGCAAGAACUCCAUGAUAUAUAAGGACAAUGUGAUGCCAGUAGAAAGUCUUGAGGAUAAUAUCUGCUGCCAGAAGAUUUUAAAGAAAUACAAAACUCAGGAAGAUCAUUUUGAAAAACCACUCAUUUCUGGUCCAGACUCUAGUUCAUGUAAGAAUCAUCUGGAAAGUUCCUCUAAUACCAAUGAACCUGAGAAUCCACUGACCUGGCCCAGAUCCCUGGGCCAUAGUCCUUCAAGUGAUGAGAUUCCAGGUAUGUUCUUUCAUGACAUGGUUUCUCAGCCUGAGCCAGUGCAAUGGCUUUGCUCACUUCGAGAUCUAGAAUUUUCAAAUGUGGAUACUUUAACACCAACACCACCACAUCCUGCUGAAGUUCCUUCAGAUCCUGGGAAGAGUGCCUGCCGUGAAAGAGACUAAGACAUUUGUAGAUGUGAGUCUGGCAUUCAGGGAGUAGAGCCCAUAAAAGUCCUCCUUUCAAGAUCACUACAGGGGAAAACUUAAGACCCUAACAACAAGAUUCUCAAAGGGACAUCUUGGAUCCCAACCAGAUGGACACUGAUCCAAACAAGAGGUUUGUGUGUCCACUUAAGGACCAUGAUUCUAGAAAGGCCAUAACUAAACAUUGUGAUGAGCCACCUCUUCCAUAUGAAAAAAGGUUGGGGAGAAUAUUUUGGAGAUGGAUCUAAAACCAAGCUUUGACUUUACAAGAGCUUCCAAAUAUAUCCAGUUCAUUAAGUAUGCAGAGCAGUUCAGUGAUUGAGACUGGGUAAACAUUCAGUAGAGAAUCCACUGCAUUUAGGAAAAGACAAUUCUAACUUCCAUGCUCAAAUGCAGACCCAGAGCAAUCUGAUGGGAGCUGGCUCUCUAUUUGAAGAAUGGCUCCACUGUAACAAAGACAAGGAUGUUCAACUGGAAAAAGGAAACUCAAGUGACAUUUUUAGUACAUAUCAAAGCACUUACAUAGAAAUGCUGAACACUUUUUAAUGAAUUCUGCACAAAGAUAGCACAACGUUUUGGAGGGUAAUCAUGAAACUGCAAAAUUGGAAGGGUUCAAAGCAGUUCUAAAUGAUUUUUAAUAAAUUAUGUUAAAA